AUGACGACUGCCGGAGUCUCCCCGUCUAGCUCCCCCCGUCUUCCUAGUCCGCCCCCAUUCACAGAGGUCCAGAUAGGACCUCAGUCACCAUCUAUUGGCGAGUCAUUUGGUCGAGAUGCCGAUCAACUUCUUGGAGAUGCAGCCGGUGAUGGCGAUGGCUCGACGCGCCGUAUUCGACCAGGCACCAAAGCCGCCGACAUGGCGUUUGGUCCGCCUCUGAUUCCUCUUGCACAGCUUGACUCUCCAUUCCAGCUCCAAGAACAUCUUAAGGCGCUAUACCAUCACUUCACGAAACCCGAAGGAUCAGACACCGUGGUCCCAAUUAACCGCCAAGUCGCCAUCCAGCUCGCUGAACCUCCGGAGGGAGUGGAUCGAUCCCUCUGGCUUUAUGAACUAUGUCGGUUCCUCACAAUGAAAGUUAACAACCUCAUCAUUGCCUUUUUUGCUGAGAACCCGCCAUGCUCAUCCCAGACAUGCCCGGAAAUGCGAGCUUCGGAAUGGCAGUAUCUCUGCGCUGUGCAUGACCCACCUAAGUCAUGUUGUGCAAUCGAUUACUGUUGCCAUACCCUCGAUUGGGCCACCAACACGCUCACCUCACCUAAGUACUUCCCCAGUCGCCUCACGCUAGGGGCUGAGGGCUCCGGGGGACCGCAAGCCAGCAUGCGACACCUCACCAACAUCUUCCGCCGCCUCUACCGUAUCUUCGCACACGCUUGGUUCCAACAUCGUGAUGUCUUCUGGGAGGUGGAAGGCCACGACGGUCUGUAUGUCUUCUUCAAGACUGUCUGCGACCUGUUUAGCUUAAUUCCCGAGGACAACUACACCAUUCCCCCAGAGGCAGAAGGCCCAGAUGCUUUUCAGCCCAAGCCAGAGGAAUAUACCGAUAAUAAGCGAUUGACCAUUCUGCGGAAGGAAAAUGAGGAACCUUUCAAUAGCAGUGUUGAGGGCGUGGACCCAGCCAUCAGCACAGGUGCUACCACUCGUCGUCACAAGCAUAGCCCAUCAACUGGAUCACGCGUUUCAACCAUCACUGAGAGUGCAGAGGAUCCAGACGAGCUCCCCCGGGUUGCUGCCCCGCUACGUGAAGUCAUGAAGGAAUCACCCGAGCCCGAUUCCCAGGCAACUGUCACCAUCGAGGCACCUGCCGAAGAGGCCAGUGAGACCGAAAACACCGAGGAGACAAAGGAAGCUGAGGGGUCAAUUAAGAAAAAUGAACAGCCAAGCACCAAUGAAGAGGCCUCCGAGGCUACUCUUCCCGAGGUAAACGCCACCCCGGAGACACACUCAGCAGAUGAUGUGCUGGUGACGACCAAAGCAAUCGAGCCAAAGGAGAGUGAACAAGAAAGCUUAGAUACCCCCACCGAGGCCUCUGAGAAGACGGAGGCGAUCCCUGAAACUGAUGAUGUGACCACGGCCUCUAUUGAAGAAGAAAAGGAAGAUCUUCCUACAGAAUCGGAGCCUAAGUCUGAACCCGAGCCCAAACAGCAGACUGAGUCCUGA